AGAUUCUUCCCACUUUCCUUCCUUCCUUCCUUCUCCCUGGAUUUUGCAUUUCAAUCUUGUCCCAUUCAUAAAUAAACCCUGUUCCCUAUCUCUGGGCCAGCUUAGGAUCCUAGGUCUCCCUGGGAAGACUCAUUUGUGUUUUACAUGCAUAAAAAUCUGUGAUUUGGGGUUCAUCCUUCCUCCACUAGAGGAAGCAUCUUGAGUUGCUAAGUGGCUGUGUGGGGAGGGGAGCUUCAUUCACUGCUUGCCUGCACUUCUCUGCCUAGAUAAAUCUAAAGUCAACACCGUAAUUAUGUUCUGCAUUGGUGGCGGUAUCCUGGUGGCCAUGCUCGUGCUGAUAGGUGUUGUCAUCUGUCUUUACGUCCAAGUAGCCAAUGCAUUGAAGGCAGGGAGCCUUAAUUUCAGGCUGGUGUCACGUGUUUGCUUGGGCCCAGCUCUGAACUUCCCAGAUCCCCCCGACACUUGUAACAAAUGGACUGAGAAGAAAAAUUCUAAUCCCAUGCUUGUGUGUGUAUGUCUUUUCUUAAGAGCUCCAAUGGUACCUGCUUGUUUGGCCUUAAAAAAUAAUCCAGCCAUGGUCACCCAGGACAAGGUCGCCACAGCCAUCACCACUGGGUCUUAUCCCAACCUCCAAUGCUGUGACGAGUGUAGCUUGUAUGCCGACUUUGAUUCCCUGCCACCGUGCUUCUGUGACGUAAACGAGGGACUCUGACUUGGGCGGGCACAAAUAUCCUCAUGAGCAAUAUUUCUUAGUACAAUGUUUUAUUA